AUGAUGUCCUCUAAUCUCAGCAAAUCAGUUUGCCGAUGGCUCAAUGAGAGUCGCGCGACAGGCUUAGGCGCUUGGCCAAGUUUUCACGAGGGGAGCGUCAUGAGGAGCACGAGUGGAACACGAGAUGAGCAGACCUGUCGAGGCAGCCACCACACCACCUGUUCGAGUUCAAUCAGAGGAAGAACCGGCUUCCUCAAUGGCAUGGCUGGGCUAGAACGAUGGGCUGCCACGUCCUGUAUGCAGGUCACAGGAGCCACAGAGCGCCUUCCACAGGGUACAGAUGGGAAAGAAGAAAAAAUUCUGCACACUUGCUCCUCAGACAGCCAGCCUCCAGCUGUGGCACAACAUCAACUGCCCUGA